AGAAGGAAACUGUUUUAAAUAUUAAUCAUGGUCGCGUGCUCUUACAAAGUCCCUUGUCCUCUGCCUAGGAACUACUGCUUCUCCUUCAACUCAAGGAGGCACAAGCUUCUCCCAAGUACCCGCUUUGCGUCUCGAAAACCAUUUAAUCCAUCCAUCUUUUGCCUCAGAAUUGGAGUUGAAAAUAUUGCAGAAAUCGCCCAGAACAAGGUCUUGGUUGCAGCAGCUAUUUCUGGGGCAAUUGGGCAACUUUCCAAACCUUUCUCUUCUUCUCUUCUUUACGGCAAAGCUGUUGAUUUUAAAGCUGCUGUCAGCCCUGGUGGAUUCCCUUCCACUCAUUCUUCAGGGGUUGUGGCAGCUGCAACUUCCCUUGCCCUUGAAAGGGGUUUUUCAGAUUCAAUAUUUGGGAUGGCCGUAGUUUUCGCCGUCCUUGUCAUGUAUGAUGCCCAGGGUAUAAGAAGGGAAGUAGGCAACCAUGCAAAGGUUUUAAACAGGAGACUGCUAGAGGCCCCACAAACCCCAAUUCCCCGCAAAGAAAAGGACAAUGGUGACCUGAUUAAUUCUAAACCUGGAAAAUCUUCCAUAAAAUCGGAGAGCCUUGCUCCCCUCAUGUCAUCAUCUGAGAAUGGAAGUCCUUCCAUAUCAAACCCAGAAGAGACUUCUGCUCCAUUCAGAUCAAAGAACACAACUGCCAGAUCAAGUACAAUGCUUUCAAUGAGCUUAACAGCUGCGAGCGAGGAGUCAUCAGCCAAAGCUUCUAAUAGUUACAUUCCAUUGAAAGAGUCAAUCGGGCACACAGAGGUAGAAGUUGUAGCUGGUGCUUUGUUGGGUUUUCUUGUUAGCUUAGCUGUCCAUUCUUUAUUGUAAUGUAUACUAUAACCAAUCUCCAAACCAUAUAUAUUUGUUUUAUAUGAUUCAUCGCAUGGUCAUGAUCAU